AUGUCGGACAGCUCCAACACCCAGCAGCCGCAGCAGCAACCGUCUGCCGCCAACAGCUCCGGGGCCGACGCGGGCACCAAGGGUCCCAACGUUGCCGCACUGCCUUCGUUCGUCCGGGGUGGUCGAGCGCUGGAGAGAGCCGAGCAGCUCGACCGGGAGGGCCACUCGGAGGCCAGCGCUGCGGCGGGCGGGCAUGGCGAUCGACCUCGCAUGCCCUACAUUACGCCUGGUCAGGAUGCGACAAAGUGA